UCUACUUACAAUAGUAAUAUGACCGUCAUGAAUCCCGAAAGGGAACUAGGAUGUGGGCUUGUGUCUAGUCUUCCCCCACUGAAGUACAUUAGUAUUAAUGAAUGAACGUGUUCUCGCGAGAUUUACAUUAUUACAGGAUGGAGUAGUUGGAUCUAGUAGAGAGAAGUCGGUUUUGUGUAGCCAAUUUCGGAAAAUACGGAGACACGGAGGGUAUAAUUCAUAUAAAUUAAUAGGUAUUUUGCAGAUGCAGAAGGAGGAAAAGAACAUGGAGCCACCGGUGAACUGGUCCCCCGAAGAGACUCAGGCGCUUAUUGGUGUGUGGUCGGAGGGGAGGAUUCAGCGUGACCUGGAGGAAUCUUGCAGAAAUGAGAGUGUUUACAGAGAAGUGUCAGGCAGGCUGGCUGCAAUGGGAGUCAGCCGCUCAGCAAAGCAGUGCAGACAGAAGAUAAAGAAGCUGAAACAAGAAUACAGAAAAAUUAAAAGCGACUGCGAGGGAAGUGGGCACGUCAGAGAGACUUUCAGGUGGUACGAUGCUAUGGACACUGUCAUGAAUGACAGUCCUGCUGCGACAGAGGACCGAGACCCGUCAGACACCAUGAUACUUGAGUUCAUGAUUUCAGAUGUGGAACGAGAGUCGCCCUCUAUAACAGAAAUGUCUCAAAGCCGCUCUACACCUAGAGAUGUUGCAACGAUCACUGCGCCCGACCACACACGUUGUUCCACGGAGAUUCCACAAGAGCCCAGAUGCUACUCCAUUAAACUACAAGACUGUGACGGCCCCUCUACGAGCACCACAGAGACCUCCGCUGCAGGGAAAACAUCAGCCCAAGAUAAACCCAUGCGUUCCUGGUCAAAUAAGGAGGUCCGAACACUGUUGACACUUUGGGCAAAUCCCGCCGUGCAACGAGAACUUGGCCGAAACGUGAGAAACAAUCAAAUCUACGCCGGCUUCAGUGCCGAACUGGCUUCGCUUGGAUUCAACAAACCGCCGCAAAAGUGCAGGGAGAAAAUCAAAAAGCUGAAGCAGGAGUACAAGAGAAUCAAGAGCGGUCAUCCCAUCGGCGGGAGCAGCAAAGUAUGGUUUGCCAUCAUGGAUGAAGUCCUCAGUUCUCAGGGCGCAGCAGCAAAACAUUCAGAAACAGCAGAGCUUUCCUCCACGGUGUCCUCAUCACCCUCUCAGUCAGUUGGCUUUGAUAUAGACAUGGACGAUGAAAUCCAGUGGUUGCCCGAUGAAGUCCAAGUCCUGAUGACUCUCUGGGCGCAACCGAACAUUCAGAAACAGCUUCUCAGCACGGCAACGAGCGAUCACGUUUACACGUACCUCAGCAAUGAACUAGAACUGGUGGGGUUUAACAAGACGCCACAUCAGUGCUAUCUCAAAGUGAACGACCUCAAAGAGGAAUACAAAAGAAUCAAGCAAAUGGAGAACUACAGCGACGUUAAAGGCGACUGGUUUGCCAUUUUGGAUAGCGUCGUUGAGCCUGAUGGAGAGGCGUCGAAAGAGCUGGAUUCAUCUGCUGUGAUGACAGAAUCACCAGAUGACGAGUAUGUGAAUGAGUCGCCUACUAUAACAGACUUCCCUGGGACUUCCUCCAUGCCCUGCCAUAUUCUCCCAUUCACUACGCCUGGCUCGACACCCUGUUACAUGGAGGACCUGCAAGAGCCCGGUUUCUACUCCGUUAAACUAGAAGACUGUGACGGUCCCUCCACAAGCGCCCGAGUGGCCUCUGCUGCAGCGAAAACAUCAGUCAAAGAUAAACCCAUGCGCUCUUGGUCAGAUAAGGAGGUCCAAACGCUGUUGACACUUUGGGCAAAUCCCACUGUUCAACGAGAACUUGGCCGAAACGUGAGAAACAAUCAAGUCUACGCCGGCUUCAGUGCCGAACUGGCUUCGCUCGGAUUUAACAAACCGCCGCGGAAGUGCAGGGAGAAAAUCAAAAAGCUGAAGCAGGAGUACAAGAGAAUCAAGAGCGGCCAUCCCAUCGGCGGGAGCAGCAAAGUAUGGUUUGCCAUCAUGGAUGAAGUCCUCAGUUCUCAGGGCGCAGCAGCAAAGCGACUGGAAAAAGCAAAUCCUUCCUCCACGGUGUCCUCAUCGCCCUCUCAGUCAGUUGACUUUGGUAUGGACAUGGACGAUGAAAUCCAGUGGUUGCCCGAUGAAGUCCAAGUCCUGAUGACCCUCUGGGCGCAACCGAACAUUCAGAAACAGCUUCUCAGCACGGCAACAAGCGAUCACGUUUACACGUACCUCAGCAAUGAACUAGAACUGGUGGGGUUUAACAAGACGCCACAUCAGUGCUAUCUCAAAGUGAACGACCUCAAAGAGGAAUACAAAAAAAUCAAGCAAAUGGAGAACUACAGCGACGUCAAAGGCGACUGGUUUGCCAUUUUGGAUAGCGUCGUUGAGCCUGAUGGAGAGGCGUCGAAAGAGCUGGAUUCAUCUGCUGUGAUGACAGAAGCUAAACCACCAGGCAGCGAGCGCGCGACUGCUGAUGCGCCGCGGGCCGUUUGGACGUCGGAGGAAGUCAAGGAGCUGCUCAGCCGGUGGGCAGAGGAGAGCAUUCAGGAGCAGCUGAGAUCAACUCAGAAGACCGAGAGAGCGUACGCUCAGCUGAGCUCGGCGCUCGCCACGCGGGGCUUUGAUAAGACCACCAGCCAGUGCAGGUCAAAGAUCAGAGUGCUGAAGCAAAGGUACAAAAGGGUUAAAGAACAAAAAGACUCCAGAAAGCAAAAAAGCAGAUGGUUUGCAAUCAUGGAUAACGUCCUUGGUCGCCGUAAGUCAGGGAUUGAGACUAAACCAGCAGCUUUCACACAUUCAAACCCUGGACCUCGACAGGCAUCACAGCAAGAACUAUGUGCAACAGUAGAAGGCUGCCGCCUGUCCGUCCCCUCGCUGUGUCUCCUGGUGCCAACCCUGCGUCUGAUGUGCGCCUUCGCCUGGCAGGUGAUCCGGUCCAGUAAUGUGAUGCAUUAUGGAAAGGUGGAGGAGCUGGUGCGGUCGGCGACAGAGUUGGCUCCAGAGCUGCUGACGCCAAGAGAGAAAACGCAGCUCCUGCUCCGACUAAGGGCAAGGCUUGUGCUGGACUUGUGUCUCAGAGAGAGCACGGCCAACCUGCUGAACAUCCAGCCCCACCUGAAGGUCAUUCAAGACCUCACAAUAAGCUGCGGCUGUGACCAGGAGGAACUGGAGGAGUUGGAAAAGUCAAAAUCCAACUUUGUGGGGAUUGUUUUCGCGCUGCUCGAGGACACAGAGGAGAGACGGAGGUUUUUCAAGGAGGUCUUCCCUGUCUACUAUGGCCAAGAGUAUGAAGUCACACUGCACACAUUGGUUUGGAAAUUCAUCUCCAGACUGGACAAUCUACUACCCAGCCCUGAUAUUAAACAGACGGCAGAGUGGCUCAGCACCUCGGACGCACUUUUAGAAGAAUGUUCACGGCUGGUUUUGGAGCCAGAUCAGCUGAAGGAGCUCCUGCACUUCAGUCAGCAACAGUCAGCAAAAACAAAGUGCUUCUCUCAAGUUCAGAAUAUGUUUCUGCCUCUGCUGUCUCUUCGUCCCAAAGCCAAUUCAGACCAACAGGAAGAGGCUACAGCUAACGAAGAAGACGAAGAACUGCUCGAUGGAGAGUCCGUUGGGGAAAACCAAACCGAUGACACGCAGGUUCUUGGGGACUACAGCAAAGGAAAUGAAGAUGUGGAGUCUGCAAACUGCUCAAAUUUAAAUCCAGCCCCUUUACAACUGCAGCUCUGCUCUCUGUGUCCCUACUCUGACGGCCAAGUGCCAGGCCUUCUUGAGCACAUCAGGAAAGAGCAUCUGUUCCAGGAAUCCAGUCGUCCUCCCUCCAGUGAGCAUGGGAAAGGAGGUGACUUUCAGAAAGUCAGCGCUCAAGACUUAACGCCUGAGAUUUUGGGCACAACAGACACUUGUAAGUAUUGCGGAAAGGUCUUCAAGGACAUAUCAACUCUAAACAGCCACAUUAAAACACACACUCUACCGUUCCGCUGCGACCAGUGCGACAAGAAGUACUCCUCCAGGGCGUCUCUGACCGUGCACCGUCGGAUUCACACGGGCGAGACUCCGUAUUUGUGUUCGCACUGUGGGCAGGGCUUCAGGUCUUCAAACAGCCUUGGGCUGCACGUUCGCAUACACACAGGGGACCGCCGACACAAGUGUCCGAUUUGCGGAAAGACCUCGAUCCAGCAUCUGACACGACACAUGCGCAUGCACAGAGGGGAGAAGAACUAUCUGUGUUCAGAAUGCGGGAAGGCCUUCCUCUCGUCCGGGGAGCUGAGGCUGCACAUGAGGUUUCACACAGGCGAGCGGCCUUACGCGUGCAAACACUGCGGCAGAGGCUUCAUUGCCAAGUGCCUGCUGACGGUUCACAUGCGCCAACACACAGGAGAGAGUCCGUACAAGUGUUUGCUGUGUCCGAAAUCCUUCCACACUUUGAGAGCGCAGAAAAGACACAUGAUGAUCCACUCGAACAGAAAAUCUUUCCAGUGUUUAAAGUGUGGUAGAAUAUUCAGGCACGAAGGUACUUUUAAAAUACACGUCGACACGCACAGAUGAUAUAAUACAAGAAGUGCAAAGUAAUUUUAUGUCAUUCUGCUUUAAAAGGUGUAACUUGCUAGUUUCAAGAGAAAACAGCUGCCAGAUAAAACACUAUUUAUGCAUUAAG